UUGAAUAGAUAAGGAUUGGGAGGACGUAGAUCCUUUUGCCCUUGAUAACACGAAUCAUGAUUCGGUGACCCUUUCUUCGGAGUGCAACAGUUAGCUGACCGCGGACGAUUCGACGAGACACAGUGGCCGUCCUGCCGGCGAUUCGUUCUCCGUGAUGAUCGCCUCGGUCCGCGCGUUUCGUCGCGGACCCCUCCUGGGGCUCGGCGGAAAGCGGACAUUGGCAAAUGAUCGCAAAAUUCCGAAAGUACCGAGGUAUGCCGACCAAGUCAAGUCGCUCAAGUGCUCGGAUUACGAAAGUCUCAAAGUAGCUUCGGAAGUCCGCAAGGCGCGAGGCGACAUACCACUCGAGACCGAUGUUCUCAUCAUUGGCGGAGGUGUGAUCGGAUCCAGUAUUGCGUACUGGAUGAUGAAGCUUGUGGAGAAAGGACUCAACAUUGUGAUUCUGGAAAAGGACCCCACCUAUCACAGAUGUGCGACGACUCGUUCCGCCGGCGGAAUACGGCAACAGUUUUCACUGCCGGAAAACAUUCAGUUAUCGAUGUUCGGUGCCCAGUUCCUUAGUGACUACAAACAUUAUCUCGGGGACGAUGCCCCGGACAUACACUUCAAUCCGGAGGGCUAUAUGUUCUUGGCAAACACCGACUCAGGUGCACAACAGAUGGAAGAGAACUUCAAAGUCCAGAAACAGAUGGGGGCGAGAGUUCGUUUGUACUCGAAAGAGAUGUUGAAUCAGCAGUUCCCCUUCCUGAACGUAGAAGAUGUAAAACUCGCGUCCUACGGGCUGCAGAACGAGGGCUGGUUCGAUGCGUGGUCUCUUCUGCAAGGGCUGAAAGAGUGGAACCUUCGACAUCAGAUUUCAUACGUUCAUGGCGAGUUGGUAGACUUUCGCUUCGUAGAAGAGAUCCUGGGCGAAUACUCUACGCGACGCAGAACGAACGAAGCUAUCAUUCGUCUUCCCAACGGCUUCCUCUUGGAUAUGACGUUUUCCGAAGCUGUUGUGUGCGCUGGAGCGGAUUCAGGCCACGUCGGCCGGAUACUUGGGUGCGGAGAAGGGGAAGAGAUACUCAGUGUUCCGGCUCCGGUCGAACCGCGCAAGCGCGGCGUCUACAGUUUCCACGCUCCGGACGCACCGAUCGUAGGCUUCCCAUUCCUGAUCGAUCCGAGCAAUACCUAUGUGCGGAGAGAAGGUCUCGGAGGGCAUUUCAUCUGCGGCAAGAGCCCUAACAAAGAAGACGACAAUGGCGAGGACAUCGAUCUAGAAUCGGUCGACGAAAGCUGGUUCUAUGAAGUCAUAUGGCCAGCUCUGGCGAAAAGAGUUCCUGCCUUCGAGAACAUCAAACUCAAGCACUCUUGGUGUGGAUGCUAUGACUACAACUACUUUGACGAAAACGCAAUCAUAGGAAAGCACCCGUAUUUCAAGAAUAUCAGUUUUUGUACGGGUUUCUCGGGCCAUGGUCUCCAAAUGGCACCGGGAGCCGGAAGAGCGGUGUGUGAGCUGAUCCUUGAAGGAGGAUACCAGACCAUCGAUCUGACACGAUUUGGCUUCGAAAGAAUCCUUAUGGGCGAGCCUCUGAAAGAGCGACACAUAGUGUAAUUUUCCCGAUUUUGCUUCGAUUGCAUGGGUUGAGAAUAGGAAUCUUGGACGGAAGAUGUCAUUGAGCUCAAAUAGGACCGCCCAGUAGUGAUGGAUGGUGUAUCGUACCCCUUGAAUGGUGAAUAAAUGUUUCGUUAAAGAAUCUCGUUCCGCGUUCGAGUUAGUUUCAAGUUAGUCUCAUCGACUUCGUUUCCAGUGGAGAAUCGGGUCCAUAAGACUGUUUUGUCCGUAGUCUCCCCCUCUCUGGCCCGCGACCUCUGCGGGACAGUCUGUUUGCACCCAGAGACUAGCAGGUAAUCAGAUAUCGUAUCCUUUCCAUAUGCCAUGCGUAUAAUCCUCUGCGAAUGCGCUCCCGCUCUCGCAAAACUCGUCACAAGCUUCGGAUUUAUUCAUUGUUAUGUGAGGGUAUAUAAGAGAGCACGAUUCAGUAGAAUAAACAAUUGGA